UCUACCUACCAACAUCAGAAAUGCCAAUAUCGUUCUCCGUGGUAUUGUAAUGUGUCGUAUUUCUUGUAUAAUCAUUUUAUUUUGAAUACGAAAACAUUUUUCCACACCGUACUAGCUAGUAGACAUAAUGUUAAAAAGAGGAUUUCCGUUUUUCGGGCUCGGAGAUUUUUAAAACGGUUGUGAUGCCACUGACGAAGAAAAUUAAAAACAUAAUCUACAAAAAAUGGUAGAUGAUGAGGAAGUAACAUCGUUUGAUGUUUCGAAUUCAAGUGAAAAUGAUAUUGUAUUUAUUGAACAAUUUGUGCAAGAUGUCAUAGGCUUUAGUUCUCAGUAUGGUAGUGAUGUUAGCAUAUCGUAUACAGCAUACAACAUUACUGGAAAACCUAGUAAAUUUCCAGAUUAUGGGGACUUCCCACAAGCAUUUGUUAUGAGAACGUAUGGAAAAUGGUGGAACAAGGCACCAUCAGGAACACCCCCUUUUAUGUCGCAGUCACUAGGAAAAAUUACUAGCCAAGAUUUUAUAGACUUGCUGUUUGAGGAAGCUGUAUACCCCUUCAGAGUAAGCGUGUAUGAGACAAACAGUCACAGUAUAUUUAUUACAUUAGAACCUGAGUUGUGCAUGUCUGUAUUAUAUACAUGUUGCUGUCAAUGCUUGAGGUUGAAGAAGUGGUAG